AUGACCACGACCCCUCAGAGCGGACGACCCUCGUCCGCCGCCAUCGAGUCUAGCGGUACAACACCAAUACAGCCGGUGGCCUCAACCAGCCAGCUCCCAGAACUGCCGUGGGCUUUCAUCGACUGCCCGACUGACACACUUGUCGUCCUGAUCGCGCACAUGCUCGAUCUGCUGUGCCAGCACAAUGACCAGGUCGUGCUCACUCCUGACGCGCUUACACGCUUCCACUCUCGUGCUCCGCCAGGCAUUUCGGUCAUCGAGUACCUCCGGCGUAUCGUAAAGUACACAAACCUUGAGAAAAUCCCAUUGCUCUCCCUUCUAGCAUACAUCGACCUCACGUGCCAGAACCUGCCGACAUUUACGCUGUCCUCACUGACGGUGCACCGUUUCCUCAUCGCCGGCGUCACGGCAGGCAGCAAAGCGCAGUGCGACGUGUUCUGCACGAACGCACACUACGCAAAGGUCGGCGGUAUCAAGGUCGGGGAACUGAACAACCUCGAGCGAGAGUUUCUGCGCGUGACGGGAUGGGCCCUAUGUCGGUACUACACAAGUCUGAUUCGUUCGCAUGGAGGCUUCGUGCAGGCACCAGAGCCCGAAGUGUCGCCCUUCCGCGCCUUCCCGGAUGCGGGCAAGGAAGCGCCGACGGACUCACAGUCUGCGACUCCGGUGCAAACGACGGGGUCUGUGCUGGGAGACGAGCCACCCGAAGGAGCCGAGGCAGACGAAGACAUGGACGAGGAAGACGACGAGAUGGACAGUGGAUCAGACGAGGAGAGUCCGGAGUCUGGCCCGACGGGGCAGGGCGCAGGGCCAUCACGGGGAAGGAUGCCUGCCGAUCAACCAGCAGAUCAAGCAGAUCCAGCGAUGGAGGUCGACACUCCGGCCGCGGAGAGUCGGCAAGAACCUCCACCCAGCGCUGCGCCGGCCGUACCGGGGAGUGUGACCGAGGCAUCGCCAGCCGCGCCAGUGCUCACGGACCGACUGGUUGCGGAGCCAACACAAGCGCCGAUCCCACAUUCGUCCACAUCGCGGUCGCUCAAGUCGUUGAUGGGGGGGAUGUUCAAGCGUUCGUCUGACCCGCCACCGUCGGGCAGUGCCCCUAGCGGACUCGGCGGCCCCGCCAGUAGUAGUCCGAAGGUCUUGUCCGGCAGUCCCAAACCGAUUGUGCGCUCGAAGCCCCUCGCCUCGCCACGGCUGAAUGGCACGCCGAGCGAAAACGGCUCCAAGCCAGUCACACCGCGGGUGCGGACACGGGAGGAGCGCAGCGUCGACUCGCUGCGUGGCGGCAUGCCAGCGGCAGCUCCAGUCGGCGUCGACGACUCGAAGACGAGAGCGAGAUAUGAGUGA